AUAAAUACUUUGAAGUUAUAAGCCCGAGGGCGAGCACCCAACGACAGCUUGACAGCUUGGAAGGAAGCGGAACUGGGGUCUCUGCCUUUACUUCGCGCUUUUCCUAGUAGCGUGCUUUACGCUGCAUCAAUGUGCAUAUAGUAUAACAGAUACAGCGCUUGCAGGAGCGCGUUCUAGCAGAGCGUCUGUGUGCGCAGAGCAAGACCAUGGCUGGUGAAGGCAACCCCGCUGUGCUCGACGACAUUACUGCAGCCCAGCAGUAUGUGCUGGACUUACAGGUCCUCUUCUACUCGCUCAAGACCGUCGCUGCGAAUGGGCAGAAGGCAGCACCAAGCACUGAGGCAGAGGCUGCGACCGCUGACUCCAAGCCUGCUCGCAAUGGCGUCUCUAAGCAGAGCGGCGCAGAUGGCGACUUGGACACGACGGCGCUCCAGCUGCGCGUGCAGCUCGAGCAGGAGCGGGCUGAGCGGGCGCGCCUGCAGGAGCAGCUGGACGCGGCAACGGACCUGCUGCGGAAGUCAUACGGCCAGAUCGUUGACGACUACCUGUUUGCGACGGAGCAGCUGCACAUGCGCACGCGGCAGCUGGAGGAGCUGAUGGCGCGGCAGGCGGCAAGCUGCGCGGCGGGGCAACCAGGCGAGGCGCAGCCGGCGAGGGAGCCGGGCGGCGGCAGUGCUCACCGCGUGGCGGGCGGCCAGGUCCCGCCGCAGGAGGCCAGUGCGGCCUGGCCGCGGCAGGCGGCAGGGCCGUUCGCAGCUGCGCAUGGAAGCUUGGAUGCCAGCGCGAGCGCAGCAAAGGCGGCUGAAAGCACGGUGCAGGGCGCGGCGAGCUCGGCCGGCGAGCAUGCAACGAGCAGCAGCAAGCAAGAAGGGCCCUGGGGCAGCAGCUCGGCGUCCGGGCAGAGCCCAGAGGCGGCGCCGGCUCGCGGCCGCAGCAUUGGUGGUGGCUGCGAGGAGGUGGAUGCCGGGCCUGUGGUGCGCGAGGCCGCAGCCGAGCCUGGGAGCUACGGCGCCGAGGUGCCGCCGCACCAGCACCAGCAGUCGGAAUGGGUGGAGGGCGCACACCUGCACGCGCACCGAAGCGCACCGCAGCCGCGCACCCACCUGCCUGCCCAGCAGCAUCCGCAGGAGGGGGGCAGCGGCCGUGAUGACCUGCAGCUGCCGGCGCCGCGCCGCCGCAGUGAGGUGACGGUGUGGGCGGUCGCAUCCCCGCCGGCAAGCAGUCCCAUCAGGGAGGUCAGCGACAGCUAUGCUGUAGGCAACAGCAGCGCAGGGCCUGCCGCUGCCACCACAAAGUCUGCAGCUGCUGCUGCAGCGCCGCCCACGGCAGCCAGCCCUUACGCUGGCGCCUACCCCAGCCCGGGCCUGUCCUCGCUGUUUGCCGGCGCCGACAGCGACGCAUCCACUCCACCGCCCAACUACCCGCCCUCGGUCGCGGCCUCCACGUGUUCCCCGUUCUCCAUGCCAGCCUCCUGUGCGCGCGUGUUCGGUGGCAGAGCCGGCGGCGUAGCCGCCACUGCUGCUGCUGUGCAUGCGGCAGCCGCAGUCCCUGGGGCCUCGCCGGCAGGGCUCGGCCACGGCGGUGCAAGGUCUGAGCGGCCGUCGGCGUACGGCGGCUCUGAUGCCUUGCCCGUGCGGCUGUUCCACAGUACUGAGGACGAGUCCGCAUGGGGCGCAUCGGAGCCGUCGGUCGCGCCUGCGGUGGUGGUUGCAUCUAGUUCACUGCCACGGCAGCCUUCAACAGCCGGGCCUGCUGCCACUGGCUGUGGCGUCGGGCCUUCGGGUGCCACAGCAGCAGCAGCAGCAGCAGCAGGAGGAGGAGGAGGAGGAGGAGGAGGAGGAGGAGGAGCAGGGGGAGCGAGUACCAGCAGGGGGCAUGCACAUGGCGGCGAAUUGGCGGCUGCAGCUGGCAGGGCGCAGGCUCCGCAGAGCCACACCGGACACCAGCACCCGCAAGAUGCCGGCGCGGAGGAACAAGACGGCGCUCGCUCGCCGGUAGACGAUAAACGCGAAGGGCCAGCUGGAAAGCGCCUUCGCCGUUCCGUCAGCAGCCCCGUCGAGGAUCCUACGUCACUGUGGAGGCACCUGGCCACAGCCGGCGGCGGCAGCAGCUCCGCUGGCGGUGCGCAGGCGCCUGUGGCUGCCGCCACCGCCCCGGGCCGGGCCACAUCGGCUGCGCCCCUGCGGCCGGGCCCGCCGCCCGGCGAGCCGAGCCAGACGCAGCACCCGCGCAAAGGCGCACAGGGUCCACUCUGGGGCGCAGUGGGAAAGGAGGCAGCAGCACGCGGUCGUUAUGACGGCUCACCCCAGCUGCGGAGCAGACGUGGCCCUAGCCUUCAGGGAGAGCGAGCCCCGGCGGCGCCACAUCUGCAUGAGGCUCGGGAUGCGCAGGUGGCUAGCUCCUCGCACAAGGCGUCUCCUGCUGGUGCCCGCGGUGGGAACAGCAGCUCACCGGGGCCCGCAAGUCAGCAGCGCCACGGCGCCCCGGCGGCCCACCCGCUGCGCACAGGCCACUCGCCGGCGGCCCGCAGCCGCAGCCACAGCAAGGACAGCAGCGCAGCUGACAGCGGUACCGGUAGAGGGCGUGUAAAUGGCAACGAUGCUCGCCGCAAGGCAGCACACCGCAACAACGCUGCAGGCAGCGGCGGCAGCGCAGCCACGGGCGGCAGUGGAAAGGCAGGUGCGGGCAUGCGGGCACCAGUUGGCAGCAGCGGAAGCGGUGCCAGUGGCCUGUCGUACUCAUCAUCCCUGGAUGGCCUGGCAUCCAUGGUGCGCGGCCUGCGGCAGCAGCUGGAGGGGCUGCAGCGGGACUUCCGCCGCGGGGAGCCCGGGGAGGAGGAGGAAGACGGGCACGAACAGGCAGUCAACCACGGCCAUGGCAAGGUGGAGGAUGAGCAGGAUGAGGAGGAGCAAGAGGACGAGGAGGGAGCGGCUGACAGUGGCCGGCGGUGGGCGGCAAGCCUGUUCACGCCGGACUCGAGCGCGGCACGCGGCGGGGCUUUCGAGUACCGAAGCGGGGUGGCGGAGGAGAGCGACAGCAGUCGGCCCGGGCGGCAUCGGCACGAGAAGGACGCAGUGCUUGCCGCUAGCAGCAGCGCCAGCAAUAGCAGCAGCAACAGCAGGCCAGCGCACCCGGGCGCAUCCAGCCCCUACAGUCCGUACAGCCCCAAUGCCGCGCCGUACGCCAAAACGUACUACGAGACAGCCAGCAGCAGCGCCGGUACGUCUCCGGCGCCGGCGUCGGCGACGCGGCAUUCCACACUGCCGCACGGCAUCGACAUCUCACCCGUGGCGGCGUACCUCCGUGAGCAGCGGCAGCACGAGCACACUACAUUCAGAGCUGGUGGGGGGGCUGGCGGGGCUCGUCACGAGCCCGCCGGCCACUUUGCGCCCUCCACCGCACCGAGGACUUUCGGCGCCAAAGCCGGCACCGGGAGCGCCGCGUCGGCUGCAGCGCACGCAGGCACGGCGCCGCUGCGCUCGCCGCUGCAGCAGCAUGAGCCUGCGGUCAACCGCUUCCGGAACACUGAAGCCGUGGUCUCGCAGCCAGGCCGGCCUGGGCCUCCAGAAGCCCACCAGACCUUGUAUGGGGACCGCACUCUUCCGCCGGACCAGACCGGUCCACGCAAAGCCAGCACUGCUGCUACUGCUGCGGCUGCGGUCGCGAACGGCUGUAAGGUGCCGGCCGCAUCCUUCCAGCGCGACAAUCACGGCCCCGCGGGAGUUGGCGCCGGGGCUGCCGCCGGCCGCCGCGGCUGCGGCGCAGCCCCCGGCGAGCCCCUGUUUCCGCCUAGCUUGUCAUCUGUGCCGCUGUCGUACGGGCUGGGUGGCAGCCGUACGGACCAGUCCUACGUGGCGGCGGCGGCCGCCGCGGACGACGUGGGCGGCACCAGUGCCGCCAAGCUGCAGGGCCUGCGCAGUGAGGCCAUGUUCGCGCGCAUCAAGCAGCAGCUGGACGAGCUGCAGAGCUCCUUCACACACAGCAGCAACGGCGCAGCGGGGGGCGCAGCCCUGGGGUCGGGACACAGCCAUGUGGGAGCGGGCCUGGAACUGGGCAUGGGCGUGGGCGUGGGCGCUGAGGCUCCUGCUGCGGGGCUACGCCGCUAUGGCACAGGCGGCAACGGCGCAAGGGCGGGCGGGUUGCGUUGAGGGGGCAGCAAGGUGCGGAAGGCGGGCGCCUUGGCGUGGCAGAGAGGUGGGAUGGAGACCUGAGCAUAGCACGCUAAUCGUCUGUGUAUAGUUCCUUUGCAAAUGCGGAGUGCAGGGACAGUUGCGGUCGUUUGGGCCCACCUAUAUGAAUGCGA